GUAAAGCCUGUGACGAUAUAAACCAGAGGUAGGGGUUUAAAACUAAUCCUCUUACUGAACUCGAGUUAAAUCUGUCGGAUUGUUUCCAUGUGAUGAUGAAGAUGAAGAGUUAAUCUGUGGGGGGUGAUGCCCCUCUGAUUUCAGGGCCCAGUGUGUGUGUGCAUGGGUGUUAGUGUGCAGCGGAGAGCGAGACGGUGGGAGACUCAGGGAGUCUGGCUGGAGGUCUUACCAUGGCUGAUAACACCAGUGAUGAUGACGUCAUACACCUGGGCAGCUUCAGCGCACCACGCAGCCAAGAUAGCACAUCGAGAAGGAGGACCUACAUAACUAUAUCUGACGACUCGGACGACGAGCUCAACAUGCUCAGGCCCAAAGUCAAAGACGAAGACGACGAUGACGGCGAAGUGCACAUUUUAGAGGCUCGGUUGCCGCCUCAUCGCGUACUGAUCCGACCUGCUGCUCAAUGGGGAGGCAGCUCGUCCCAAAGCCAGCCGUGUGCGUCGGGCUCGAACCCCAUGGACUCGCACUUUCCUCACACUUCUGUAGCUCAGCCCGCAUCAGGAAAUCAAGCCAUUGGUGUCUUCACUACGGACCAGAACGCUGUACCUUCCACAUCUAAAGAUGUUGUAUUUGUUGGACAACACAUUUCCAUUAAAACUCAGCCGGCGGGUCAGGGCACGGCGCUGUUCACCCCGGCUAACUCGGAGUUAUUGGGUGUGAAAGUGGCUGUGGUGAGUCCGCACCGAACUGAAAGGUACGCCGGGGCCGUAGUCCCAUUUCCCCCCCAGGAACGGCCCACGGACACGCCUCAGCCCUCACACGCAGCGCAGGAGCCUGAGGAGCACCCGCAGCAUCAACCACAGCAUCAGCAGAUUCCUGAACUUGUCCCCGCUCGCAUACCGCUGUACGCUGAGAACGAGAGGCCUGGUCCUUCUACAGUCGCCGAGCCUCCAGCUCCGGAUCCACAAACGGCUCAGCAGGACAGUCUGAAUGCUCUCGUCGCACGAGUGGUGGACCUUUUCCCAGACGUCGAAGAGCCGUACGUGGUGGAACUGAUCGAGAGAAGUGAAGUGAAGGAUUUAAAUGUAAUAUGCAAUAUGCUGUUGGAGAAUCCAGAGUACCUGAGCAAAGCGAACUCCGUAUUAACUCAGAGAAGUGUACUCCUCGAGACGAAUGACAGUGAAACACAGGAAACAGAAAACUAUUUCGACUAUUCAAAGCUAAACCGCGUCGGCCCAGAGGUUGCAAUGCAGGCUGCAGAAAUGCUGAUGGGAGACUUCAGGAUGCUGAGCUGCCAGGAUAUCAAAUGGGCGCUGAAUUGCCUCAAAGGACACUAUGCAAUCACCCGCAAGGCCUUAUAUGAAGCCCUUAAGAAGUGGCAAGAAAACUCUACUGACCCCUCAGGGAAGAGGAAGAAGAGGAAAGAGCCGAACGAACGAGCCUUUAUCAAGUUCAUGUUUGAGCAGGGUUCCUUCAAACUGGAAAGGAAAAUGUUCUUUCUAGAGAAGAACCGGAGAUGGUGCCGGAGUUUCGACAUGCCGCUUGAGCCUUCUCUAAUGAAAGAGCUUCAGUUUUAUGAGCAGAAAGCAAAGGAAAUGGCUGAGCACGAAGAUUUCCUUCUGGCGCUGCAAGUGAACGAGGAGCAGUAUCAAAAGGACGGUCAGCUGAUCGAGUGCGGCUGCUGCUGCGGGGAAUUCGCCUUUGAGGAGAUGACCCAGUGCAGCGACGGCCAUCUGUUCUGUAAGGAGUGCCUGGUGAAGUACGCGCAGGAGGCCGUGUUCGGAUCAGGGCGGUCGGAGUUGAGCUGUAUGGACGGCAACUGUACCUGCUCCUUCCCCACCAGCGAGCUGGAGAAGAUCUUACCGGAGAACAUCCUGUGUAAAUACUACGAGCGUCAGGCCGAGGAGGCCGUGGCCGCCACUUGCGCGGACGAGCUGGUCAGGUGUCCGUUUUGUAACUUCCCUGCACUUUUGGAUAAAGAGAUCUCUCUGUUCAGCUGCCCCAAUCCCCGCUGCAGAAAGGAGAGCUGCCGGAAGUGCCACGUGUUGUGGAAGGAGCAUGCAGGAAAGACAUGCGAGCAGGUGCUGGAGAGGGAUGAGAUCCGGCUCCGGGUGGCUUUUGAGGAGCGGAUGACGGCGGCCCGCGUCCGGAAGUGCCAUAAGUGUUCGGCAGGUCUCGUCAAGUCCGAAGGCUGCAACCGAAUGUCGUGCCGGUGCGGCGCCUUCAUGUGCUACCUCUGCCGCGAGCCCAUCAACGGCUACAACCACUUCUGCCAGCAUGCGCGCUCACCCGGCGCCCCCUGCCGCCAGUGCAAGAAGUGUUCGCUCUGGACAGAUCCCACGCAAGAUGACGAGCGAAUCAUCCAGGAGAUCCAGAAGGAGGGUGAAGCCGAAUUGAACAAGAAGAACAAUCAGUCAGACUCCACCGGUAAGAGAGUGGGUCCUCCCCCUGAACCCACCCCUCCAAAAAGGCCACGGGCGGAACACGCUCCGCCUCCCAAUGCCGCCCCGCAGGGCGUGCGCCCCCCUCUGUUCCUCCCUCAGGUGCUGCUCCCCGGCCCCCAGCGGCUCUUCCUGCAGCCCGUCGCCGCCCCCUACGUGCCCCAGCUACCCAACCUGCCUCCUCUCAACUACAACGUUCCCAACGCCAACUUUGAUUUCAACAUGCCUAUGCACUAUGGCCCUCCACAUCGCUUCUUUAGGGGUCUCUGAACACUCGGUGAUGCUGAGACCUAGACUUGGACUAAAACCAUGUUUUGCUCCAGAAUCUACUAUCCUAUAACCUCGGCCCCUUAUUCUAUUCACGUUGAUUUUUUUUUUUUUAUGAUUUUUUUUUUUCUUCCUUUUCUAAUGUGUGAAAAAAAAAAACUGCAAAGGAAAUUUACCCUGUUUAAUUCAUUUUAUUUCUUUACCCUAUUAUUAUUUGUGGACAAAUCACAUUAUGCUCAUGCACACAAAAUAAUCUGUCAAAUGAUUUUUUUUUUUCCUUUGAAUAAAAUAUAUUGGGUGGGUAUUUUUUCCCCCAUUUAUAGUUUUUAUUUUGAAGCAAGAUCAAAAAAAGGAAUUUAAACAAAACCUGAAAUAAAGACACUGUACAUCUACUAGUAAUUUCUUAAUGAUGAGUUUUUAAGGCUUGUCAUCUAGGAGUACAAAAAUUGUGAGCUUUAGAUUUUUUAAGCAAUUAAAUCUGUUUAAAAAAAAAAUUCUAUAAUUUCUCCUUUAUUGUUUUUCCUCGACUUUAGCCCAGGCAUCUAAAAAUAAAUCUUAUGAGGGUGAGUCAAAAAUGAUCCGCACUCCUGUUAUUAGCGCUAGCCGUUCAAGUCUCCUGUUUCCCCAGUCGCUGCUGUACACCUGUGUGUGUUAGUUACAUUAGUCAUUUGUAACUGCAGUGUGAGCAAAAAUGGAAUCGUUCUUUACAGUCUGAAGGUGUAUCUGGUGCUGAAGAGCAUAAACGCAGGUGUUUGGAUAUCUGUAAACUAAAUGUGGAGCGAUACUCUACAGAAGGUGGAAGUUCCUUAAACAGAAUCAUUACUGGUGACGAGACACGGAUUCAUCACUACGAGCCUGAGAGUAAAAGGCAUGUAUGGAACAGAAACAUCCUCAAUCACUGACCGAGAAAAAGUUCAAAAGUCGACCAUCAGCUGGAAAAUUCAUCAACACUUACAGUUUUCUGUGAUUCUCCAAGGGCCAAAGGUAUUGGAACAUCAUCGGGAAAACGGUUCAACAAUCAACAGUGCUCUAAACUUCGGAGUAAACACAGAGCACCGAUAUCUGAGGUCUGUUGUGAUCUUAAUGCACGUCCGCACACUUCUGCGCCACACUGUCGACACUCUGUGGUGUUAAAGCUCCUUACUAUAGUCCUAAUCUCACGCCAUCAGACUUUCACCUGUUUGGUCCUACGAGUGAAGACAGCAGUGCAUUCGUAGCUCACAGCUCAGACUUUUUGAAUGAGGGGAAAACGAAAGCUUGUAAACCGAACAAGGUGUAUUGAAAAGCAAAAAUAUUAUGUCGAAAAAUAAAUUAACGAAAAAGUUAAUUCAAAUAAAUUGCACCGCCAGAGUGCGGAUAAUUUUUGACUCACCCUCAUAUGUCCAGCCCAAACCGGUAACGCUCUAACGACCAUUCUGACUAAUACUGCUCGGGGUUUUUAGGUGUUUUCCCCAUAUGGUUAUUUUUAUAGACCUCUUCCUGCCAUUGAUCACUGAUGAAUCUAGUCCUACACUGUUUCUCUUUAGUUUUUAUGAUUUUUUUUUUUUAUUAUUUUUUUGCAUAUUUGUCUGAUCUUCCUUUGAAGUUGUAUUUCAAGGAAGCGUGACUGGUUGCCUGGUUACUGUGUGAGGACUGAAACAUGACAUGCUUUAUGAAAAUGAUCAGCGCUGUAGUGAUGCCAUGAGGCUCGAUACACAACUGGACUUCAUUACCGUUCAAAAAGUUCAUAUUUCUCAAUAACUGCACAUCCCUGAGUGUUUUAUUCCCCUUAUACCACUUUAUUUUAUUAAUAAACAACAUAUACUGCUUUUCAGCCG